CCAAAUAAAUCCAUUCUCCCAAUGUGAUCCUUUCCCCUCAGCUGUGCAGUCAUCUCUGGUUGGGAAGAAUGAUCAUGUUGUCAGUAUCACUGACCAUGACAAGGAAAUAGCCAAACUGAAGCUGGAGCUUGAACAGAGUAAAGAAAUAAUCUGCACGCAGCAGCGUCUUCUUGAGGACCAGUUCACCAUUCAGAAAGAAGACCUGACCAGAGGUUCUGAUUUACUGGAGGAAGAGGAAUGGUUCUAUAAAGAACUGCAAUUGUUUGAGGAGCAGAGAAAGAACUUUGAGACAGAGAGGCAGAGGUUCACAGAGGCAGCAAUCCGACUGGGUCAGGAGAGAAAACAGUUUGAGGAGGAACGAGCCCUCUACUUGAAGGAACAGUUCUUGAACCUGACGCCAUUUCGCGAUCAAAGGACAAAACCCAAGAGGAAACUGCAGGCUUCCUUUGCUGUGACCAGCCCAGACCAAGAAAAUCUGUCUCCGCGUUUAUCCAAUCAAAAGAUAAGCACGUCCAGGCGAUAUCAGCGUGCUUCAAUGCACACUCCAAGCCCGUCUUUCAAAUUUUCAAAGUUCAGGCGGCAUUCUCUGCCUGCUGCCUCUGAGAUGUCUGAAGUUUUCGGGGUGAUUCCAGAAAACAGCUUCAGACCUGCCCCAACUGAGCGACUUAGAAGACCCAGCAGCAUGAGAGAGAGCCCAGCCAUCCAGCGAGACAUAGCAACUCACACCAGGACUGGCCUCCGCUGGGUCCGCAAUGGCCUCUUUUUAAAUGAGCAUGAUGAUUCGUUAUAGAGUGGGCACUUGUGUGUGCCAUCUAAUGCCACAUCCCCACUGCAGUUCAUGGGUUGACCUGGGCCUUUUUCAACAUGAGGGGUGAGCAUCCUGGUCUGCAUUCACGCAAGAAAUCAUGUUUCCACUAAAUGCGGAGAAUAGCUGAAACCAGUUUGCUUACAUCACUCCUGGCUCAGGAACUGAAUUUUUUUUUUUGCCACCAACUACAUGUUGCUGCUAGACUCUGGAGCCAAAUCUCUGAAAUGACUGUCGGCUAUUUCAGUCCCAGUAGAGAAUAAUUGAAAGGCUGGGAUGUGGGUGACACUCAGUUCUCUUACUCUGUCUAAUGCCACAUGUGAGUUUUAAAGUAAAUUUUAGAUGUAUACAAUUUUUAGUCAACUUUUUUUGAGAUUUCUUUUGGAAGAUUUUGCAAAUCAUUCAAAGUUUGAGAUUGUUGACUUGUGCAUAUUCAAUAAACUUGUUUUUUUCUGGUA